CCAGGGGGGAGCAGCCACUCCGCCCUGGCUGGAGGAACGGGGUGCUGCUGCCGAUUUUCUCGCGCGAGAGGAUCAAUCUCAGGCUAAGAAAUGGCGUUUCAAAAGGCAGUGAAAGGGACUAUUCUUGUUGGAGGCGGUGCACUUGCGACUGUUUUAGGCCUCUCCCAAUUUACUCAUUACCGAAGGAAGCAAAUGAACCUGGCCUAUGUUGAAGCAGCAGACUGCGUAACAGAGAUGGUUAACAGGGAGCCUCCUUCCAGAGAAGCUCAAUUACUGACUUUGCAAAACACAUCGGAAUUUGAUAUCCUUGUCAUCGGAGGAGGAGCAACAGGAAGUGGCUGUGCACUCUAUGCUGUCACCAGAGGACUAAAAACAGCCCUUGUAGAAAGAGAUGAUUUCUCAUCAGGGACCAGCAGCAGAAGCACUAAAUUGAUCCAUGGCGGUGUGCGCUAUCUGCAGAAGGCUAUCAUGAAGUUGGAUAUCGAGCAGUAUAGGAUGGUAAAAGAAGCCCUUCACGAGCGUGCCAACCUACUAGAAAUUGCUCCCCAUUUAUCAUCUGCAUUACCUAUAAUGCUUCCAGUUUACAAAUGGUGGCAGUUACCCUACUACUGGGUAGGAAUCAAGCUGUAUGAUCUGGUGGCUGGAAGUAAUUGCUUGAAAAGCAGUUAUGUCCUAAGCAAAUCAAAAGCCCUCGAGCAUUUUCCAAUGCUCCAGAAGGACAAACUAGUCGGGGCGAUUGUCUACUACGAUGGACAACACAACGAUGCACGGAUGAACCUUGCCAUUGCCCUCACUGCUGCCAGGUACGGGGCUGCCACAGCCAAUUACAUGGAGGUCGUGAGCUUGCUCAAGAAGACAGACCCCCGGACCGGCAAGGAGCGUGUCAGCGGUGCACGGUGCAAGGAUGUACUCACAGGGAAAGAAUUUGAUGUGAGAGCCAAAUGUGUCAUCAAUGCCACGGGCCCUUUCACAGACGCGGUGCGGAAAAUGGAUGAUAAGGGUGCUGCAGACAUCUGCCAGCCAAGUGCUGGUGUCCACAUAGUGAUGCCUGGCUAUUACAGCCCCGAGAGCAUGGGACUUCUUGAUCCAGCCACCAGUGAUGGGCGAGUCAUUUUCUUCUUACCUUGGCAAAAGAUGACAAUAGCAGGCACUACCGAUACCCCAACUGGUAUCACACACCAUCCUAUUCCGUCGGAAGAAGAUAUCAACUUCAUUUUGAAUGAAGUCCGUAACUACCUGAGUUGUGAUGUUGAAGUGAGAAGAGGGGAUGUCCUGGCAGCAUGGAGUGGUAUUCGCCCCCUUGUGACGGACCCUAAAUCGGCAGAUACUCAGUCAAUCUCCCGAAAUCAUGUUGUUGAUGUCAGUGAUUGUGGCCUUAUCACUAUAGCAGGUGGAAAGUGGACAACCUACCGAUCCAUGGCGGAAGACACUGUAGAUACUGCAGUCAAGGUUCACAAUUUGCGAGCAGGGUCCAGUAGAACGGUUGGGCUUUACCUGCAAGGCGGGAAAGAUUGGAGCCCCACACUCUACAUUAGGCUUGUCCAAGAUUAUGGACUUGAAAGUGAGGUGGCACAACAUCUUGCCACCACCUAUGGGGACAAGGCCUUUGAAGUGGCCAAAAUGGCAAGUGUAACUGGGAAGAGAUGGCCCAUUGUUGGAGUACGUCUUGUGUCAGAAUUUCCAUACAUUGAAGCGGAGGAAGAACUUCAAACAGCUAAGAAGUUUCUAUAUUAUGAAAUGGGCUAUAAAUCUCGAUCAGAACAACUAACAGAUCGCUCUGAAAUUAACCUAUUGCCUUCAGACAUCGACAGGUACAAGAAGCGAUUUCAUAAAUUUGAUGCAGAUCAAAAAGGCUUUAUUACCAUAGUUGAUGUGCAGCGUGUUUUAGAGAGUAUACAUGUUCAAAUGGAUGAAAAUACACUACAUGAAAUUCUGAAUGAAGUAGAUUUGAAUAAAAAUGGACAAGUUGAACUCAAUGAAUUCUUGCAGCUGAUGAGUGCAGUUCAGAAAGGAAGCGUGUCUGGAAGCCGAUUGGCUAUUCUCAUGAAGACGGCGGAAGAGAACCUGGACGGCCGAGCCCUGAUCCCUGUGGACCGUAGUUGUGGAGGCUUGUGAGUCUGAGCCCUGGGCCUCAGCCAGGGUAUCACCACGCAACAAGCACAGAUGACCGAACACCACGCCACGAGUGGCCCUGGAUAGCUGCCUUUUUUUUUUUUUUUUAAACACUGGGGAUCAUUCCAAAGCUUUAGAACGCUGGUGUACACCCUUUAUUUGUAUUUGCCAUCCGAUCUAUUUUUUUUUAAAGUGCAUCUUUAAAAUUUUGUUUUCCCUCACUGCACACUGAUUUCAUAUUUUGCAUCCAUCUUGUGACCCCUUAGACUGGGCAUACUUAAUCACUUGCUCUGAAUCUGGUCUAGAACCAGGUUGUUUGGGCAGACAUUGGAAGCAGAAGGCGGGAUGAUUUUAUUCACAAAUCUCUGGACGUCAAGCUUUGUAGGUAGUACCUGUUCUUAACAGAAGUGGAGUGGUGAGUGGUCCCGAUUGAAAUGAUAAUGUUUCUGAAGAGCCCUUGGCCCCUUCUCCUGCCAGCUCAUCUACUUUCCUCAUCAAAACGAUGUUGCACAAUUUUAUAUCUAGAGUGUGACUCGCUCAACUGGGAAAGGAAGAAAAAGUUUAGCUCUGGCUGCAGGAGCAGGUCACGAAGAGAAUUCUGAAAGCUUCCAGAACCACACACAGAUGACAAGGACAGCACUGCUGGGGGUUACGAUGAUCAUUCCAUCUCAGCAGUCCACCCGCUUCUCCAAGCCACUUCUGAUUUUCUUAGGCUGUUAUUUUUUGCCAGGAGCAUCCUUGCUUUUAACAAGCAGCCUCCCAGCCGGCAGGUUGGAUGUGAUGGCUUGAAACUGUUUCUCCAAUCUUGAUAGUACGGGAAGUUUAAGGGUUAAGAAAAGGGGCUUAUAUAUCUACCUAUAUGAUGGUACCAUUUCAAUCCCCAAAUUCAGGCUUCAGGACACAUGAUUAUUGCCAAACAUAGAGUAUUUUGGUCAAUUUAUUGCUUCAUGUUUUAGGACUCUGCCCCCUCCCUCCUCGCCAAAAAAAAUACACCAUAAGAAAGGAUAUAAAAAUGUUUUAGUUGGUUUUAUUUGUAAUUUUCUACCAAAAGGCACAACACUACAUUAUUCAAGGUCAUAGUGGUUGCUUAAAGUUUUUUUCCCUCUACCCUGAAUGGAAAACCUUAAUCAACUACAAAUAGAAAUAAAACAACCCAACAUACAGAUACAUAUUCUCUCUCUUUCACUGUGUUUCUGUCCCUGUCUCUCUCUCUCUCUCUCCCUCUCUCUCUCACACACAUACAGCAAUUUGCAUUGAAUUUCAUAAGUAGUAAAUUGAAGUUAAAAGCCCAGUUUGGGAAGUUUUGCUACAUUUUGGAGGCAUUUUAACUACAGUCAUGAAUAUUCAUUGUGCUUCCUCUUGUGAAGUUACCUUCCACAUGUGUGUUCUUCAGAUUAGGUUCUGUAUACCACAGGAAAUGUACCCCUUCAUUUCAUAUUCUCAUUGCUCCAGGUCUCGUUUUUUCAAUGAGUACAUAUACAACACUUUUGUGCUGUUAUAUGUUGCAGACUAUCUGUGUGCCUCACUCGAGUGGGCAAUGAACCUGUUACAUUGUAAACCCUGGAAGUUCACCUAGCUGAGCCCGUACCCUCAUCCCUCGGGGAAACAACACAGUGAGUGAGUGGAGACACCGUCUUAACUCACGGUGCUUUUCUGUGAAUGUUAGAUAGCUGCCACGAGCAAGCGAUGCUCCCAGGUGUCACUGUGAAGUGUUUCUUUCAAGGUGUGAAUUUUUCACACUGGCCUUUAAAAAAAAUAAUACAAUAAAUGGAAUUAUUGUAUUAUAUUGUAUUGAAUGAAUGUAAGCGUGGUUUUGCAAGUUAGUGCUUUUCUAUCAAUAUAAUAAAUGGCACCGUUUGGGAUGCAGGUGGAAGAGCUGCUUACUAAAACAUCCCAGAGGCUGUACCAUAAUCUUGUAUAUCUGUUCUCUCUCUCUCUCUUUCUCUCUCUCCUUCUAGUUAGAUCAAGAUAAUGAUGACUUGUGUCCUCUCUGGAUCCAUUCCAGUAGGGACGGCUCUUAGAGAACAAGCCAGCCCCCGGCAGAUCUGUGUUUGUAAAACACGCCUUGCUGCUGCAUGCUGUGCUGAGUGAAGCUCCUUUAAGGGCAAAGAAAAGCACAUUUGUCUUCUUUUAUGCAUAUCUGUGUUGGCCUAAAAUCUGCUUAAUUCUAGAGCAUCUGGUCCUCCACCAAUCCCAGAGUCUUGUCUUGGAAGUGAACUGGUUCCAAGGCUUUCCUGUGAAUAAAGCAUCCCGGCAUAUUAGUGUACGCUCCUAAUUAACCCUUUACCACAUCUUUACCUGAUUUCAGAGGGAGCGAAAAGAAGUUGGAGAGGAAUUCUAUUCAAAACCUAUUUGAAGCAUAAAAUGAUGAUUCCUCCGCCCCAUUCAUAGAAAUGUGGUAUGGGAUGCAAGUGGGGUGUUUCUGGGAUAGUCUUUUGACAUGAAGUGAUUUAUUUCAAGGUCUGUUAGGGGAUUCAGGUGAAGGAACUCCGAUCUGUGGGAGACCGUUGGAUACUCCUUUAAACAGCCUGCACCAGAGUCCUAAUAAUGGUGAUGCUGCUGGAUUAUUUGUUAAGCCAGGAUUGUCCGUCUCAUAUCCCUCAUGCUGUUUGUAAUAGUCUCCCUGGCAAUCAGUUUAUAUGGAGGGUAACUUUAAGAUUUCUACUGUGAAUUGCAUGCUCCCUGUUCUGCUUGAGUUUCUGGCUUUGUUUCUGUCUGUUUUACAAGAAGUAGCUUCCUUUUUUGUACAACAACAUUUUUUCCUGACUUUACUAAAUAUCCUGCAAGGGUGACGAUUGACUUUCCCCCCCCUCUUUCUUAUGUAUUUGUAACAAAUUUUGGCAUGUGAAUGUAAUAAAUUGAAGUCCAUGAAGCUAUAACGUGCACUAUUUUGCAUUGCACCAGUCCUUUUUAAGGAAUUAUAAAAGCCCAACUGUGUUUGUAAAGAAAAUCUAACGUAAGCCCAAUACUGAGGCUUAUGAAAAACACUGCAUGUUUUCCUACAUGGCACCUUUCUGUUUUGGUGUUGGGUUAUUCUAUAUUGGCCCGUUAAAUGCAAGGUUUGAGACUGGGCUGUCAUUUUUAUAACUCUUGGUGUUUUAUUGCCAUUAUUUAUUACUUUUGAUAUAUAGAAUGAGCUGCAUGCAUUUAUAGAGCAAUAAGCGGAUGUAUUUGAUGUGCCUUGUUUUUAACGGAAUAAGAACUGAAAGCAUGAAUCAAUAAAGCUGAUUAAAAUGGUCCA